GAAAAACGUUUGUAUUGACGUAAAAAUAAUAGGCAAUAUAAAAAAAUUAUAUUUUAAUGUCUUCUUUAAGUUUCAAAAAUUUAUGAAGUUGGAUAAUUAUAAUACUACAUUGAAGAUAGAAAAAAGUGAUCAGCGUCGAUCUAAUGUUGACUGUAAAUUAACUUCUUUCUGUAUGAAUGAACACGAGAAAACAAUUCAUAAAGUUGAUAUGAGUCAGUCCUUUUUCUCAAAUGCUUAUAUUUACUGUUUAAAUUUUUUUUCUUUUAUUAUAUUUUUAGAUAAAACUGUUAAUAGCAUUAAUAUGAAGACUAGUCCAAUAAAUUACGAGGAGGAUACAACAAACCUGUGUCUCGUACAGAAAAAAUGUCACAAAAAAAAUCAAAUAAACAUAAACUACUGACAACUAAUAAAGAGUAUUUGAAAAUGAUUCCCCUCAAUCAGUGAACAUGGACAAAGACGCGUAUGAUAAUAAUGAUCAUGUUGCAAGUGAAGACAGCAGAAGAAAUCUUGAAAUUGUCGUUCCUAGGGACAAUCACAAAAAAAAAUAUCGUACAUUGGAGGACACAGAUUUCUAUUUCAGCGGAUAUUGUAAAGAGUUAAACAAUGCCAACAGCGUACCCACUCACGAAAAUGUUAAUAUUGGAAAAUCACCUCUCGUGUGCAAUGUCUGCUUUAAACCGUGUAUCAGAAAAUCUCAAUUAUGUGUACAUGAGAGAACACAAACCGGUGAGAAACCAUACGAGUGCGGUGAGCGUGAAAAAAAGUUCAUAAUAAGCAAUCAUCGUACAAGACACAUACGCAGAAUUCAUAUCAAAUGUUUUUAAAUGUUCAACUAUCAUUAAUGUCAUUAUAAUACAUCUCCUGGCCAAUAAAAAUAUAAUUAUAAACGAAAUCAACCAAUCGCCAUGCUUAGAAUUAAGAAUUGAGAAACCGAAAUCACCUCGUACGUUUACCACUACCACAUAGUGCUUAUGUUACCAGAAAUGUUGACUGUAAUGGACUGAAAAUAUAUCAUUGUUUACUAGUUUAACGUGUUACGUGUGUGGACGAUCAUUUACACAAAGGUCAACUUUGGUUAAACCUUAAACAUAAUAGAACGAAUAUUGGUGAAAUACCAUAUGCAUGUGGCCACUGUGAAAAGAGUUCUCGACAAGUUCUAGUCUUCUAACACAUACAAGAAAUGUUAAUAUCAAAUGUUUUUUAAUUCGUUACUAAUAUUAAUGCCGUUAUGGCCCGUAGCUCAUAAACAAAAACAGUUGUUCAUCACGCUACUGGCCGAGAAAACUCAGAACACGAUAUCACUACUUGUAUUCACAGCACAUCAUACAAGUUAUUAUGGACGUUGCUUUAAUAUUCAUUUCAAAAACUACUUUAGAAAUACGUAGCUGGAAAAUGUUAUUCGUAUGAUAUUUGUUUCUGUUUUGUUCUGCUGUACAAUAUAACCGUUGUGUAAAUAUAUUGUUAAAUUAAAA